AUGUUUAGUUGCGAUUAUUCUCAUUGUCCGAUCACGGACCGGUCCACGUCUAGUCUUCAAUUACCCCCGAACCCGCUGAGCGAGAACCGCCUCCGCACAACGACCAAAGGUGGUCGCCGCGUCUCUCGCACCCGUAGCCGGCAGGGCUCCAAGAACACCGAUUCGAGCUCGAGUUCAGACACUGGGCUGAGCUCAGACGAGGAUGAAGAUGAGCGGGAAACGCCCCUGGCUGGAAGCGUGAACGUGGGCGCAAACCUGGCUUCGAAUCUGAGCGUGAAUUUGUCCGCCGGAUUAGGGCGACGACCCAGCAACUUUGGCGUUGACCCUCUCGUGCUCGCCCCCGAAGGCGCACCCUCCAGUGUUGCGGAAUCCCAAAGGAACGGGUCCAUUGGCUCUGCUAGACCGUCCUCAUUACGAAGGAGAGGAGGUGCAAGCUCGGAUCUCGAAGACGAUGCGGGGUCGGAUUGGCAUGAGGACGGGGCAACGGCAGGGUCUUCGCGAGCUCCUUGGGAGUCACUUCUUGGUCUUCCAGGGAGUGUAUGGGAAAAGCUGUUGAGUCCGUCACGCUCGUGGCACAAGAGGCGUUUCGAGGUCGGAAUCAACGACCUGGCGCUGAUCGGCUGGCCCGUCUUCGUGCGCGAAGAUGGUACAUGGCGGAAGCAACGCCGCAAAAAGAAAAAGAAUAAGCCUCGACCGGAGUGGGAUGGUGGUGAAUUGGGACACAAUGACACUUCGGAAGAUGGUCAGGGCGAGGAUGAUCAGACGGCUACCCCUGACAUGAGUGGAAGUGUCGCUACCAUCACUGAGCUAUCGUUGACGGCUUCCCCCACCGACUAUAAGCGGACCUCAGCAGCGAGCAGUAGGCUUGGAAGACACCCGGAAGAUGGCCUUGAUGCUGAGGACAAGGAUCAAAUGACCAUGUUCAAUGUAGUCUUUGUUAUGGAUCCCCCGUUGUUGGAGUACUCGACCAGGGUGAAGGACAUCUACGAGAACGUGAUCAAAAAGUUUGCCAAAGCUUUGAAGUGGGAGCAAUCUCGAAACGACUAUGUUUGGAAGGAAUCGCAGCAUAUUCUGCAAGUGAGAAGAAGGGCCCGCGAGAAUAAAACCUCUGUCCAUAACCUCUACUCAGAAUUGAUUACUCAGUCAAGCCUGGCCAGAGCCAUCUAUACCGUCUACAGCAGCAUCUCUGCCUCCAAAAUCGCAUCCGUCACGCUCAGCCCUGACGUCUCCAUCUCUCUUCAGAUCCCACCCUUAACGUCCACACCUUAUCUGGCUGGGCCUACCGACAAAGCCUAUCCAGGGCUUUGGCUGACCACAGCAGACAGCGCGAAUUCCAUCGAUGAUCAUCACAAUGAUGACAACAACAACAACUCUCACCAAGUACUGGCCAAACAUUUCGCCCUGCUUCUCCUCGAUAGCGAAGCCGCAAUUAUCAAAGAUGUCGAGGCCUCUGGAGGUGCACUCGCGCCUGCUCUUGCCCAUUACAUUCGGUCCUCGAAGCCUACAAAGUCCUUUGCGCAAAUAUCAGCUUCGUCGGGCAUUCCGCUCUCUACCAUUCAGAUGCUGGCGAGUCAUUUGGUCUACUGGCGUCGUGCACGGGCUAUUCCUCCAAUUCACCAACGAGACACCUAUAUUGUGUCACCCAAUUGCGAUCUCAGCAAGCUGGAACUUGCCACCAUCGCAUACCAGGCCGCGUUCCCGACAUUGCCAAGUCUUCCAAAGAUGCUUUCCGCGUUGAGCGGUACGCCCCGACCAUACGGCAGCUUCAUACCCAGCAAAGAUCACAAGGAGACGUAUUUCUCAAUACUGGCGUGGCUGCUACGCGGCGGCUGGGUCACACAGCUCCGAAGCUUCGCGCGCAUCAAAGUGUCCCCCGAAAUCAAACUGGCGGUUGAAACAGCCCUUCGCAAAGAGGAAGUCGACCGAUAUCUCGCCAAAAGCAACGGCAAAUCAGCCAGCGAUGAUGAAGGCUCAUCGCCACUCGACGAAGCGGACGCCACUUCCUCCUCCUCAUCUUCUCUGGCCAGCCACGGGAGCGGCGAGGACACGCCGAUGCCAGGUGCUCAACUCAACCCCCACGCUCGCCUACAGCUCUCUCAUCGGUUACUGGAUCAGUCGACCGCUCUCCGUCUCUCUUCUCUUAUUCUUGCUCCCCAGCGUGCAUCUCCACUUGAGUCUCGUUGGCUCGAUGAGAUUCUGUCAAGAUUCCCCACUCAACCGAGCACGCUGAGAGAGCUGAAUGUGUCGGGUCAUGAACUUGCGCCUCACGAACAGCAUGGCGUGUUGAGACAACAUUGGCCGUUACUGGUGAAGUACUUCAAUGGGUUCGAUGCGCUAGAAAAGAUCACGGUUCGCGAGAACUUGAAGCGCAAGCUGGUCGCUCAGGUUCUGAUGCGCUUGGGCUUUCUCACGGGUCCAGUGAACUAUGUCGAGACCGACCCACGGGAGCAGGUGCUUGUGGGAGUGCGUCACUGGUAG